AUGAAAAGAAACCAAAUUGAUUUUAUACAUGAUGAUGCAUUCGUAAAUUUAACAUCAUUGAGAGUAUUGGAAUUAGAUGACAAUAUGCUCACUCACAUUCCUAUUGCUCUCACAAAAUUGACCAACUUGCAAGAACUGUCUUUAUCAGGAAAUAAAAUAAAAUAUAUUCCCAGUGGUAUUUUACAAAAAUCACAGGGGCUGGCACACUUGGAGCUAAAAGGAAAUCCAUUAGUUGGUGUAGAUCCUCAUUCUUUUUCAUUUCUUCCAAAACUUAGGAAACUUGUUUUAUCUGAUGCAAGAGAAUUAAAAGAGUUUCCAAGUUUAAAUGGAACUUCAGCUUUGGAAAUACUGAGAAUUGACAGAGCUAGUAUACGUUAUGUUCCAGAAACUCUGUGUAAAACUUGUCCUAGAAUCAAAAGUCUAGAUAUGAAGCUAAAUGAGCUGACUCAUGUUCCUAAUUUAUCAGGUUGUAAAGACUUAAGAAUUUUGGACUUAGCUGGAAACAAAAUUAGUUCAUUGGAAGGGCGCCUGUUUCAAGGUUUAAGUCAAAUGCAUGAUCUAUUAUUGUCCAAAAAUGAAAUUACUAGCAUCCCAAAAGAUGCUUUCUAUGGUCUUUCAAAAUUACAAGUAUUGGAUUUGGAAAGCAAUCUUAUCAAUGAUGUUCAUGAAGAUGCAUUUAUAUAUAUCAAUCAAUUAGAAGAUUUAAAUCUUGGAAAUAAUAUCUUUCCUAUUCUGCCAACUGAAGGGUUGGAUCGUUUAUUGCACCUGAAAACUUUCAACAAUCCAUACUUAAGGAUAUUUCCUCCACCAGAAAAAUUCCCCAGAGUUCAGACAUUAGUAUUGGCUUACGCUUACCAUUGUUGUGCAUUUCUAUCUUUGAUUCCUGCUGACCCUCCUCCAAAAAAUCCAGUACAUGAAUCAGUACUAUUUCCAACAGAUAACGAAUUUGACAUGAGUUUAUGGAAUUCAAGUUUGACUGACAUUUGGCCACAACUUCAAAAUCUAAGCAAAAAGUUUGGUACUCAAAUAAACCAGCUUUGGGAUAAUUUUGGAACAGACUUUACUUAUCCUGGAAACCUUCCUUCAUAUGUAGAAGAAUAUUUUGAAGAGCAGGAAUCAAAUAAACAAACAGACAGCCCUCCUGGAAAAAUUCAGUGCCUACCUACACCUGGUCCUUUUUUACCUUGUGUUGAUCUGUUUGACUGGUGGACAUUGAGAUGUGGAGUGUGGUUAGUAUUUCUUCUUGCAAUGUUGGGAAAUGGAACUGUGGUGUUUGUUCUAAUAUUCUCUAGAAGCAAAAUUGAUGUUCCUCGAUUCCUUGUUUGCAAUCUAGCUGCAGCAGAUUUUUUUAUGGGUGUUUAUCUAGGUAUGUUAGCAGUUGUUGAUGCCUCUACAUUGGGAGAAUUUGAAAUGUAUGCUAUUCCAUGGCAGAUGUCUGCAGGCUGUCAGCUUGCUGGAUUUUUGGGAGUACUUAGUUCUGAGUUAUCUGUUUAUACACUUGCUGUAAUAACACUUGAAAGAAACUAUGCUAUUACUCACGCUAUGCAUCUAAAUAAAAGACUUUCUUUAAAACAUGCUGGUUAUAUUAUGCUCUGUGGUUGGACUUUUGCAAUUUUAAUGGCUAUUUUACCAUUGAUUGGUGUUUCAGAUUACCGAAAAUUCGCAACAUGCUUACCUUUUGAAACUAAUACAUCUUGGAGUCUGACCUAUGUUGUCUUCCUCAUUUUCAUAAAUGGAGUGGCAUUUUUAAUAUUAAUGGGGUGUUAUUUAAAAAUGUAUUGUGCAAUAAGGGGAUCACAAGCUUGGAACUCAAAUGAUUCUAGAAUCGCUAAACGUAUGGCUUUACUUGUAUUUACUGAUUUUUUAUGUUGGUCACCCAUAGCUUUCUUUUCUAUGACUGCAGCCUUUGGGUGGCAAUUAGUGACUUUAGAACAGGCAAAAGUAUUCACAGUUUUUGUAUUACCUUUGAAUUCUUGUUGUAAUCCUUUUUUGUAUGCAAUAUUAACAAAACAGUUCAAAAAAGAUUGUGUUUUAAUAUGCAAAGCUAUUGAAGAAUCUAGAGUAACACGUGGCAUAGGACGGUGUAGGCACAGUUCAAAUUUUAGUAAUCGCCAAACUCCUGCUAAUACCAAUAGCUUAGUUGAUCGUUCUUCAAGAGAUAAUCAAAUCCAUCAGCCUUGCAACUGCAAUGUGAAAUUGCUAGGGGAUAGUGUAAAUUCAAAGAGAACACCAAAGGGAUGGCUGAUUAAUAAAGUUCAUUGGAUGAGAAGCUGCUUAGGUAGAAAUAGUAAUACUAGACACCGCACAAGAUCUGAUCAAUAUGCUUAUCAGAUAGCUGAAAUUCAACAAAAACAACAUAAACGAGCAUCAUCUGUCUCAUCAAGUGAGAACUUCAGUUCUUCAAGAUCUGAUUCAUGGAGACAAAACCACCAUCACUGCGGACUUCCUAUGAGAUUAUUAGAUCCAAAGAGAAGGGCAUCAUCAUGGAUAAUUACUAGGAAAACAUCUCAAGAUUCAAAUUUAUCAAGUUCAAGAAAUGAUUCUUCUGGAUCUGCAACAACUAAUAGUACCACUAUGUCAAGAGUUUCUAGGUCAAGUAAUUCAGGAGAAGUUAGGCCAAAACCACGAUUAACUAGACAGAGUGCUAUACAAGAUGAAUGUGAUUUAUUUGGAUCCCCUGCAAAAUUAACCGUCCGUUUUCUAACCACAAUUCCCUCAGCUGCUGAAACGAGUGUUCAGCAUGAAGAUGACAAUCCUUGCUAUGCAAUUUUACAUGCAAGCCAAGAACAGUCAUCAAAUACUAGUCAAAGCCCAUCUCCAAAUUCAGUUAAACACAAUAAUUCAACUUCAAAAAAGAAACAAAAUUCAUGAGCCAAAGUUUCAGGAUAAAAUUGUCAUUAAGUUAAAUUCUAAAAAAGUUUAAAUGCUGCUUUUACAUUUUCAAAUUGUUAUUCUUGAAAUUCCCAAUAUAUUUCUCGAUGGCAUGAUGUUGACUAAUGUCAAUGGUAUUGUAGUAUUUUGUAUUGGCCAAUCAGAUUAGCCUAAGUCAGUGAAAAGAUAUUAAAAAAAACAUUAUUUUGGGAUUAAAAUACUUAAUUAUAAUAAUGUUAAAAAUAUUGACCAGCUACUGACACUAGUUUGGAACAUAACUCAGUGUCCAAUAAGAUUCUAAAAUAUAAUUACACCAUUUUUUGAUGUUUCAGUUUUUAAGAUAACUAUGAAAUAAAAUAUACUAAUUAAAAUUUAGUUUUAUAGUUAUGCAUAAUUAAAUGUCCCAAUCAAUGUUAGUGCAAAUCUACUGAUUAAUAUGUUGACUGCUCACCUGCAAGAUAACUCUUAGUUGGUAUUCUUGCAUAAGAUGCCAACUACUAGUUAUCUCGUAGUAUUUUGGGUGCUAUAUUUUGAUAUCUAAGAUAAAAAUCUUAGAGCUUUUCUAUUACUACUAUGUAAUAAAAUUUGAGUUUUUAAUAAUAUACUAUGAUUAAAUUAAAUUGGCUUAAAACUGGAAUCCUGAAAAGAACCAUUGGUAGUCAAUAUGUUAAAUAAAUCUAUUUAACUACAGUUAUAAACUUUUAUUAUGCUCCAAU